CGUAAAGCAGGAAACCGAUAUGUAAACGUCAACUAACCCAACUAAUAGUUAGUUGCUAGAAAAAAGGGGUUAAAAAGCGACAUAAGCUAAUUCACAAUUUUUGUUUCCUGUAGCUAACUUGCUAGCGAGCAAUUCAAAUAUUUAUUUGUGUUGUUAGGUUUGCUAGUUUACAUUAUGGACGUUUUACGUCCAGCUCUUAUCAAUAUAAAUGGAAGAAUAUACCGAAGGAAUAUCAUUAAGGAAGAAAAUUAUGAGGAAGAAGAAGAAGAAGAAGAUGUAUCUUGCAUUGGACCACCAGAGAGUGAAGACUUUGCAGAUGAUGAAACCUGUGAUGCCAACUACAUUGAACAGACUGAUAAGGGAUACCGCUGUGCUGUUGAUGUCCCAAGUGUUCUUUACAAAUACAUCAUUGGGAAAAAAGGAGAGACACGCAGACGUCUGGAGUUUGACACAAAGACAUCUAUCAGCAUCCCAAAACAAGGAGUGGAAGGACAGAUUGUUAUCACAGGUUCCCAUAAAGCUGCAGUCUCAUCUGCAGUCACACGGGUUGAGGUCCUUGUUGAGAGUUUCCGGAAGAAGCAGCCUUUCACGCAUUUCCUGUCAUUCCCUUUGAAUGAUCCCCAAAUUCAAGAAGGAUUCCUGAGCUUUAAAGACGAGGUGUUGCAGCAGUGCUCACAGGAUCAUGGAGUAGAGGAAAGCAUCUUUCAGAACCCUGCAAAGCUUCACCUGACAAUCGGCACCCUGGCUCUGUUAAAUGACACGGAAGUGAGAAAAGCAUGUGAACACCUCCAAGAGUGUCAAAACUUCAUUAGAGACAUCACAGAAGGAAACCCUCUGUCGUUGGAGGUGACAGGCAUAGAGUACAUGAAUGAUGACCCAGCCAUGGUGGACGUCUUGUACGCCAAAGUCAAUGUGAAAGACAGAUCUGACAAGUUGCAGAUGAUUGCAGAUCGGCUGGUAGAGCACUUUGUCUCAGCAGGGCUGAUGGUCAGAGAAUGGGACAGAGUGAAGCUGCACGGCACUGUGAUGAACACUGUGUUCAGAAAGAACUCCACAGUUGAUGACAUGGGCGGCCCAGGAAGACAAACCAUGAGUGAACGAGAGGCUUUUGAUGCCAGAAACGUAUUAAAGAAAUUUGGUGCUUAUCGUUUUGGAGAGUUUGAGCUGAAUACUGUCCUGCUGUCCCAGAGAUAUUCGACAGAUUGUACGGGCUACUACACCUCUGCAGGGAGCAUCAACUUCUCAUGAGCGUGAACAGGGCUGAGCAUAUUCUGAGUGGCCUCCCCACACAAAGCCUUGAAACCUUGUUCCCAAUCCCGUCUGUCAAAUGUGUCAGUGAAUACAGACAUCGGACACAGAGACUGGCCACUUGCUCUCGCUGUCAGAUCUUUUUCAGCCCUCCCCUCAGCUGGCGAUGCGCUCUGCUUGGCAUGCAGGAGGGCAAUCGCAGAGCAGCCAAAAGUUACACUGAUGGAAACUGAAGGCGCUUUUUGUUUGUCAGCUCUGCCAUCCUGUGCUGUCCACCCUCCCAUUUCAGCAGUGGCGUGACUCCCCCCCCCUUUCCCCUGGAGCCAUGUCAACAGACGCCAUUAGACAGGGACAUGCAAAUUCUGUCAUCGGGAAAACAGCCAGCCAGCAGAGCCAGCCGUGCAUUGACCAUGGCACUGUCUGGGCUUAAAAUGUCUUUUUUCAGACCCAGGAAAGGCGCCUAAUUAUCCACUCCCUGCAUCCUGAGAGUGUGCUUGUUACUGGGUCAGGAGUACACAUCCAGCAUAACGCCACUCUCAGGUAACAGAGUGAGGACUCUGGUAAUUGCCAAUACUAUUGUUUAUAAGCACACAGAGAGGCAGAGAGAGAAGAUGAUUUGGAAGUUAAUGAAAUUCAUUGAGAAUGUGCAUCCUUGUUUCUUUUGGCAUGGACAUGAUUAAGGAUGCAAUGGGCAGAUGUGUUCACCAAUGAUCGUACG